AUGGCAGCGGUGCCUGGCUGCCUCUGUCUCCUCUGCUGCCUCUGCAGCUACCCCUGCGCGGCUGCCUCCAGUGUGGCUGCUGCUGUCCCGGCCGACGGCUCCAACGUCACUGGAAGGCGCUCGGUGGCUGCCCGUGCUGCCGCGGCAGAUCCGCGGUGUCUGCCCCAGGACACGGUCACAAAUUCGGAUGGCCGCAGCCACGCGGCGAAGGCCGCAGCGAUCGAGGCGAGUUUCGCCAUCUGCUGCCAGGCUCAGACCUCGGCCGCGGCGCAGAGCUGGGAUGCGUGCGGCGAGGGAGGCGCUGGGGGCCCAGGCCGCUGCGCCCAGCGGGCCCGGUGCCGGGCCGCAGCUCUGGAGCGGGUGCCGGGCAACGCGAGUGCGCCCCCCGCGCUGGACGCUGGGAGCAGAGGCGAGAUAGGCUUGGCAGAGAUGCGCCUCUUCGCGGAGAUCCUGAUACUGCCGUACCUCACCCAGGCCGACACCGACCCAGUCUUUCUCGACGCCGAGCACAUCCUGCCCGCCAUCUUUUUGGCGCUCGCCGCAGAGGAGCGGCGGGCGCCUUCUCCGCCUGACGAGGGCGUCGGCCCCACCGUCCUGGACGUGGGCGCCUUCCUCGGAGACUUCAGUCUCACUGCCCUGGCACUGUGGGAUGCGCUGGUUGCGAUGCCAAGGUCCUGGCAGCGCGCGGCCUUCCCGCCCUCCGCCGCCGCGGGGCCGGCGCCGCCGCCUCCGCGCCCGGCCCCGGCGUGGGCCAUCGCGCUGGAGCCCUCGGCGGGCCGCUGCGGGGAGCUCCGGGCCUCCCGCGCCGCGUGCGCAGCGGGCGGCCGCCCCGCGGGCGGGAACCGCUCGGCGGGCUGCGUGCUGGCCGUCUGCGCGGCCGCGGCCGCGGAGUCGGGCUCGGAGCUCCUGUACUGCCCCAGGAGUCCCAGGGGCUACAGUCGGCUUCUCGUACGGGCACGAAGACCAGACGAGGUGCCUGCAGCCAGAGGCAGUCCAGGUCGUAGCGCUCGAUAA